CAUGAUUUCCGGACCUAUAUCAGUUGACUUCUGCAAUCAGGCACAGUUAUGGAUGGCUGAGGGAUUUGAUAUCAUGUAUAGUUCAUGUCGGCUGCAAAGCACAGGCCGCUUUGAUAUCAAUGGAAUGAAGACUGCACUAUAUCAGUUGAAGCUAAAAAAAAUCUUAUAUACGAUGGAUGCAAAUUCCUAUAUAACUCAAGUUACCAAAAUGAUAGACGCAUUUAACAGGCCCUUCCCAAAUUGUCCAUUCAACGGAUUUAUCUUUCUGAGCUGAUGUAAGUUAACUGGACUUUUAUAACCUAAUCACACUGUAUUUCAGACAUCUCUUGACACAUCUGUCAUAGCUUACGUAGGCUUGAUAUAUCAUUGAAUGACGCAAACGAAACCUAUAGAUCAUCAGCAAAUUACAAGCUGGCCAACAGAAUGGCUUGUGAAAGCGCUUGGUUGUCACUCCUCCCAAAGUUGACAACCCCAGAACGGUUUCGUUAUUUCUCAGACUACUUAGACAGCGGUAGUCUGAGCUGGGAGUGAAAUUAUUGCC